AUGAUAGUACGCUACGUCAACCUGGAGACCAAGAGGUUCUGGGUCACGCUCACCGGAUAUGAGAGCAAGGACUUUACAGUAUUCAAGACAAACAUCCUUGGACAGUACUCUGGAGCGGCGAAAGGAACACGAUGGACCCUCCAUGACUUAGAAAGAGUCAUCCUUAACGUGGUUGAGUCUGAUAUCGAAACUGAAACAGAAUUGCUUCUGUACUAUCACCAGUUUCGCCCCAUAGCUGUAUGGCUAGUAGCUAAUUCGAAGAUAUCAGAACACGAACGAGACCGAUACUUUUGGCAGGGACUUCCUAAGUCUGUACGACUCACCAUAUCCCAGCGACUACAGCACACAGAAACCAACUACUCCCACAAUGAAGCUACUAACUUCGAAAAAGUUGUAGAAGCAGGGCGUUUCGUGCUUUCGGAUGACGCGUUUGAC